GCAGCAGAUCACUGAGGUUUGGAAGUCAGCACCUCAAUUUAAAUUUCAAACCGAGAAUUGAGAACUACUUGCAGAAGAGUUUGGGUGCUACAACACAAUCACGACCUACAAUGUGAAAAACGCUGUUGAACCUGCAGCCCCAGGUGAGGAGCGGCCCCUCCGACGCCAUUCAGACAAAUCAGAGCGCAAUUGUGCGUAAAACAAUCCGACCAAUGAACGGCGGGCAGUUGCGGAGGCCCCGCCCCUCCCCGCCUCCAACAUCACAUCUCAGUGUUUUGGUCUUGAUUUGGCGUCGCUGCCUUGAAGCAGACCGUCUGCCGCUGCUGCUGCACGAAAAGCUCCGGCUUCGUACCAGCAUCCGAGUCUCUCUGCUGUCUCCAUUUAUUCUGCGUGAAUGGAAGAUCCGUCCGUAGCUCCGGAGGCUUCCUCACCGGGCCGCCCCUCCACUUGAAUGGGAUCCCUCAUCGCCUCUCUCUGUCGCUGGCUUCUGGCACCGAGUGUCUCCGCUGCUCCGAGUCCCAAUUUUAGGAUCUGUGUGCUUUUUAGUCUCCCUAAUCAGUUUAUGAAUGGUUUGAUGCGACAGCCGCCUGUCUGAUCGGCUCAAGAGCGACGACGCCAAAUCUCCGGCUGCCUGCGCUUCAGGGCCUCGGCCAUGGGGGGAUCCAAGAGUAAACCCAAGGAUGUAGGCCAGCGAACCCGCAGCCUUGAUGGCAACCUCAGCUCCGGGGGAGGGGCUGGCGGCCACCACCUCAACUCUACUCAACAGUCCCUAACUCCCAACCGUAGUCCUACGAUGGAUGGAGGCCUCAGUGGCAAUCAGUCAAUGGGCAACAAUGCAGAGCUGGCCCUGUUCGGAGGUGUCGACAACAACGCUGUCACGUCUCCCAACAGAAUCACACUGGCAGGAGGCGUGACGACCUUCGUGGCAUUGUAUGACUAUGAGUCUCGAACAGCCUCAGAUCUGUCUUUCAGGAAGGGUGAACGCCUCCAGAUAGUAAACAAUACAGAAGGGGACUGGUGGUUGGCGCACUCCCUGACCACUGGAGAAAGCGGUUACAUCCCCAGCAAUUAUGUGGCUCCAUCCGACUCCAUCCAGGCAGAAGAGUGGUACUUUGGCAAAAUCACGCGCCGUGAUUCGGAGAGGCUGCUGCUGAGUUUAGAAAACAGGAGAGGGACUUUCCUGGUCAGAGAGAGUGAGACCACCAAAGGUGCCUACUGUCUGUCUGUACUGGACUACGACAACACCAAAGGGCUCAACGUGAAGCACUACAAGAUCAGGAAGCUGGACAGUGGAGGCUUUUACAUCACAUCACGCACUCAGUUCGGCACCCUGCAGCAGCUUGUCAACCACUAUCGCAAGCACGCUGAUGGACUGUGUCACAGUCUAACAGAGAUUUGUCCUGUACUGAAGCCUCAGACUCAGGGCUUAUCCAAGGAUGCCUGGGAGAUCCCAAGAGAGUCCCUUCGCCUGGACCUCAAGCUUGGACAGGGCUGCUUUGGAGAGGUCUGGAUGGGCACAUGGAACGGUACAACACGGGUGGCAAUCAAGACCCUGAAGCCUGGCACCAUGUCCCCUGAAGCCUUCCUUCAGGAAGCUCAGGUCAUGAAGAAGCUGAGACACGAAAAGCUGGUUCAGCUGUACGCCGUGGUAUCUGAGGAGCCUAUCUACAUCGUCACAGAGUACAUGGGGCAAGGCAGCCUAUUGGAUUUCCUGAAAGGGGACAUGGGUAAAAUGCUGCGCCUCCCUCAGCUGGUGGACAUGGCCUCACAGAUAGCGUCAGGGAUGGCUUAUGUGGAGAGGAUGAACUAUGUGCACAGAGACCUUAGAGCUGCUAACAUCCUGGUGGGAGAUAACCUGGUUUGCAAAGUUGCUGAUUUCGGUCUGGCUCGUCUCAUUGAGGAUAAUGAAUAUACCGCCAGGCAAGGAGCCAAGUUUCCCAUCAAGUGGACGGCUCCUGAGGCUGCGCUUUAUGGCCGCUUCACUAUUAAAUCUGAUGUCUGGUCUUUUGGGAUCCUGCUGACUGAACUGGCCACCAAAGGCCGAGUGCCCUAUCCAGGUAUGGUGAACCGAGAGGUGUUGGACCAGGUGGAGCGUGGUUACAGGAUGCCGUGCCCAGCGGAGUGCCCUGAAUCCCUUCACGAGCUGAUGCUGACCUGCUGGAGGAAGGAGCCUGAGGAGAGGCCUACCUUUGAGUACCUGCAGGGCUUCCUGGAGGAUUACUUCACCUCCACAGAGCCUCAGUACCAGCCAGGAGAGAACCUGUAACCAAGCUGACAAUGUUUACGUGCACGCAUUAUGGAUGUGCAAAACUGAGCAUGUGCAUCUGCUUGAACAAGUAUGUGUGAGGGCAUGUUUGUUUGUGCAGAAAUCUGGCAUCAUUCUGGGUACAAUCAGUGACUCUCUGGUGUGGAGUGUCGGUGGAUCAUCAAACCAAUCAGCUAAAUCCAGUCUUUCCAAAGGCAUUUUCAUUCUCUCCAGUGUGUCCGUUCCAAGGGACUAUUUUUAAAGUAAGGGACUUCAAGUGUGGCUUUGUAGUUUGUCAUACAGAACUCUGUCAAUCAAAUCAACAUCCUACACAAGCAAACAGGUUUGUCCACCUUCCUUGUGUUUGCAAGGUGCCCUAUUAUAUCCCCUAAGUAUUGUUCGUGUGUUAACUCGCCCGACGAAUCUUGCAGCGUCAGCACUGCAAGUGACAUCCGACUACGACUUGAACAUCAGUCUGACACAGGAGUCCAGAGAAUGAACAUCGGAUACAAUCAUUUUACUGCUGACACCACCACCACAGGAUGGCUAUUUUACUUUGGGAUCCCUUUUGAAACACAUGCUCAGACUCUGUCUUCCAUUUCUCCACUUUAGAAGCAACCAUUUGAAACAUACAAUAAUUAAAUAUUGUGGAUUUUAAUUUUUUAAAAAUUGUUUUAUUAGACCUGGAUCAGCUGGAAAAAAAUUCACAGAGACAUUUAUAUUUUAUAGUCAUGCUUCCCCUGUUCAACAUUGAGGCAAGUUUCCCAUCUGCUGUGAGAUUUCGUAAGAGCGUGCAGUCUUCUUCACCGAUUGGACGAAUUGGUUUAUCGCUGUGACCAACAUACAGCUCAACACCAAGAAAAGAAGAGGCAAGGUCUGCCUCUCUACUUUUAAAUUUUGUGACUUUUCUUACUCUAGACAAAAGGCUACUGAUCACUAAAGGUCAUCUCAGGAUAGUGAAGACAAGAAUUCUGCUGCAAGGAUUUUUGUGCCAAUGAAAAUGUCUUUUUUGUACUCUCUUCUACUGUGUAAAAGUGUAUUUUAAUACUCUGAACUUUUCUUAUACUGAAGCUUGAGUUGUGUAAAGAGAGGUUACGCUGUUGUUCUUCUGAGAGGAUAAUCCACUGUUUUGAGAUUCUGCACCUGUGUACACUACCAACCGGCUCACCAGCAUGGUUUUAUUGUGCUGAUUUGCUUUUAAGAAUUCAAAUUAAAAUCAGGUGAAUCUUCUUUUAAGUCUCCUUCCAGUUCUGACCUUUAUUAAUAUGAAGACUUUUUUUUUUUUAACCAGAGUUGGUAUUUCACUCACUAGUGCGCCUUUGAGCACAAUCUGACACUGGAGAUACUGCGUUUCUGUUCUCAGUAAAGAUGAUAAAUGAGCAACAAAGUGAAUUUGUGCUAAGUUGUUAGUGCUCCCUCUGACCUGUAGGAGGCAGACUACCAAGCUUUCCUAGUAACACAUUAGCAUGUAAAGCAAAUGAAUUGGCAUCUUGACACCUAAUUGUAAAUAUCCUUAAUGCUAAUAUUUUGUAUAUAUCAUCUCUAUAAUUUAUUCCUUUUAAAAUAUCCCACUUGUUUAUUUUUCUUUCAGCAUCAUUGUUCAACCUUGUUCAUGGUACUUUAAUGAGCUAAAUAACACCUGACAGUAAUGAUAUUAAAAGAAUAUAUUAUUAUUAUUAUUAUUAUUAUUAUUAUUACAGAAACACUUUUCAUUACAAUAUGUUUAUUUGUGCACGUAUUUCUGUGAAACUUAAUCUCAGUUGUAAAUUUUCAAUAUGACUGACGGAAGUGUUGAGAAGAGACCGCACUGAGUCACGUUUUUGUCGAGGCACUUGUGUUUCGGCAUACACUAAUAAUCUACCAGCAUUGCUACUUCCCAUGAUGCAAUCGAGAGCAUAAAUGUUUACAUAAUUGUCAUCUGCAGAUCAUUUUGGUGCUGCUUGAAAGGCUGAGUAUAGAGCAGCAACAUUUCUUGCCCAACAUUGUGCGCCGCCAUCCCCUGCAUGUAUGUACUUCCAGGCUCAUUCGGUGGUAUGAUUGGAUUCUCCAGGAUUUCAUAAAACACUACUGAUUAGGAUUCCACUCAGAAGAUGACAUAGCUGCCACAAAUGGACGGAGCUUGAUACACUGACCUGCAUAUGUGUAGUCAGGCUGUCUACCAUCAUCCCCUCUUUUUUUUUUCUCCUAUUGUCUCAUGGAAUGUUUGUGAGCAAAAAUACAGAAAAAGUGCAUGUUAAAGGUCAUAUAGUCAGUAUGCAGCCUUGCUUAUAAGCCAAGGGCAUUUCUUGUGGGGUUCUGUGGGUCUCCUUUCUGGCUAUGCAGAUAUUUUUUAAAUCUGUGAUUUUUCCUAUAUAUACUUUUUUUCUACUGUAAUCAAUGGGAAUUUUCACAUAAAUAACUCUUUGUUAAAUCCUACUGAAUACUGUUCAAAUUUGAAUAAAAAUUGUAUAUUGCCAGUA